UCGCCAUGUUCGCAUCUCAACUACUCUUCCUCGUUCUGGGCUCGGCUCUCCAGGGAGUGUGGGGUCACGACCAAGCAUUGCACCACCAAUCCUCUGCCAAACGAGCAAUUGAGCCAAAUCCAAGCAAUGGCCAUUGGAUUGAUACGUGGGCAACGAUGCCCCAGUUGACAGAGCCUGCAAACCUUCCACCUGCUCCCUUUAAUCGAACUGGCUCCGUCUUCGUCAAUUCCACGAUCCGCCAGACUUUGAAAGUCUCAGUGGGCGCAUCGCAAAUUCGUCUCAGGUUUACCAACGCGUUCGGUGUUACCAACCUACCCAUAACUGCCGCAACGGUCGCAUUGCCGGCAAGUGAUACCGCUGGUAUUCAUCAAAUCCAAGCGUCCACGGUUCAAAAGGUUACAUUUUCCGGCAAGGACUCAAUCUCGAUCCCCAACGGUGCCAUUGCCGUUUCGGAUCCCAUUGACUUCAACAUCAAGCCCCAGAGCGUGGUGACCAUCACACUCUAUCUACAAAACGGACAAACAACAAACAGCAUCACCAGUCACCCAGGCAGUCGAACAACGAGCUGGUGGCAAUUCGGUAACGCCGUCGCAGAACCAUCCCUCGCAGUCACCAAUCCGAGCACCCAAAGCGCAGCGCAUUGGUAUUUCCUUUCCUCGAUCGAAGCCUGGGUCCCACCAACCUACGGCACUCUUGCCAUAGUCGGGGAUUCCAUCACUGACGGACGAGGCUCCGAGACUGACAAAAACAAUCGCUGGCCUGACCUUCUCUUCGGGCGUCUCCAAGGAUCCUCCUCAAACACCACCGCCAACGCCGCCAUCGCUAUUUCCAACCAGGCUGCAGGCGGCAACCGCAUCCUCGCAGACGGCCUCGGCCCCAACGCCCUCUCCCGCAUUGAACGUGACGUCCUCUCGCACCCAGGCGUCAAAUAUGCCCUCAUCUUCGAAGGCGUCAACGACAUUGGCACCGGCGCCACCACUCAGGCCGCCCAAGCUGCCAUCUAUGAAUCCGUCACGCAGGCCUACGCGCAAAUUGUGACUCGCAUCCACACCUUCGGCAUUCCCGUCUUCGCAGCGACCAUCACGCCCUUCUCCGCGCCCGCGAAUUUCACUGGCCAGCCCUACUCGAACCCUAUUCGCGAGGCAAACCGCGUCAAGAUCAACGACUUUAUUCGCACCAGUGGUAUUUUCGACGAGGUCAUCGAUUUCGAUGAGAUUCUGAGGGAUGAGGCGAUUCCUAGUCAGUUGAACAAGGAGUUUGAUUCGGGGGAUUAUUUGCAUCCGAAUGUCAAGGGCUAUCAGAGACUUGCCGAUGCCUUCCCUGUGGAGAUUUUCCAGAAGUGGGAGGGUGGCGUCAGCGGGUUUGUGUAGAUUGGGAAUGUGUAGAUUUUGAAGACGGCGGGUAGUUUAGAGUUAUGAGAAGAUCUUCUGAAAGAGGGGAGUUUUGAUGUGUGUCUUCAGCAUCAUCUUCAGCAUCAUCUUUCGCAUCGUCGUUAUUAUCAUCAUCAUCAUCAUUGUCCAAAUUGCAACUAAAAGAAAUCAUAUCCAGCGCUCCAUGUUUAACACGAAACAACCACAUACCCACUCUCUCAUUUUCAUCUCCUUCUAACCCGGUCCCCACCCGCACACCUCGUGUGUAGAGAAGAAAGAAAGAAGAAUAGCAGAGCAACAAACGGGGGGAUUUAAAUACCCACUAUCCUCCCUUCCCGCUUACUCAUCUCUCAGCAUCCUUUCCUCUGCCAUCAUCGUCACCAUCAUUACUAUCAUCGCU